GGCCGCUCUCAUUUUCGGGAACAUGACGACGCUGCUCAACCCAAUCAAGUUUCUCGAUGACAUGGAGCGACACUGGGACCCGCGCACGCGGCACUAUGGCAUGGUGCUCAACCCGUGGUUCGUGUUCCCGCUCAUCAUAUUCUACGUGUACUUCGUUCGGUUCGCCGGUCCCCGGUGGAUGAAGAAGCGCGAUCCUUUUCCCAUCACGAACCUCGUCCGUGCUUACAACGUGGCCAUGGUGGUGAUGAACGCCACUUUCCUUUACCAAGUGCUGCGUAUAACGUACCUGCCCGGCGGGACGUACAGCUUGUGGUGCCAGGGCGUGACGGGGCGCGCCGAAGGCGCUUCGGCGGCCGUCUACCAGUCAGGCUGGUGGUACCUGCUGGUGCGCUACGCAGACUUCCUAGACACCGUAUUCUUCGUGCUCCGCAAGAAGUUUAACCAGGUCUCGCAUCUUCACGUCAUCCACCACGUGCUGGUGGUGUUCAACGCCUGGUUCUGGGCCAUGUUCGCGCCCGAAGGCCAGCCCGCACUGGGACUCUGCAUCAACACGUUCGUACACGUAGUCAUGUACACAUACUACUUCCUAUCCACGUUCGGGCCUGAAGUGCGCAAGUACCUCUGGUGGAAGCGCUACCUGACACAGCUGCAGAUCAUCCAGUUCGUCGUAUUCAUCCUCCACAUGUCGAUCCCGCUCUUCGUCGACUGCGGCUUCCCCAACGUGUUGGUGCCGUUCGCCAUCGCACAGGCGGGUUUUGUGUUGGGCAUGUUCAUCAACUUCUACUACCAGACCUAUAUCAAGCCGAGGAAAGUGUCGGCGGCCGCUUCCAAUGGCAAGGAAGUCACGAAUGGAGCGACGCACACGCUAAAGAAAGACUGAAAUACUUACGUAGUGAUUCAAGAGACUGUGCGAAAAUGUGCCAGGUUUCUUCUGCGAGCAGACCGCGUCAAGUUGGGUUAUUUCGUACUAUAUAGGCAAUCAUUUAAGCGCGAAGCUAGGAGUGGGUUGCUGUAUUUGCCUAAGAGUAUACGUCAGGGGACACCAGAACCGGUGGCAGUAAGAGUGAAGAAUAAGCCUGUCUUGAGCGUCCUACCACCGCAGAACGCCAGCUGAUGAAGCAAAUUAGCCACUAUCGCCAUCGGCCAUACCAUGCUGAAUGCGCCGGUUCUCGUGCACAUUAGGCAUCAUCCAUUUUAAUUGCGUGAAAGCCAUCAGAAUGAGUCAUAGUACGCGUUCACAGCAAGACACUAAUGCAGACCACUAUUUAUGUCAUUUAGCGUGAACUAUAGUUACCGUAAGAAAUUAACAUUCUAAUGAGCCGUGAGGCAAGCAUACAAUUCAUUUGUAUCGACCAUUUUGUAUACGUCCAAUACAUGGCCCACCGUGCUUCUCUUUUGACUCUGUACUAGUCAUAUCUGCUUAAAAACAGACGUGUCUGACGAAACUGUUUGUGUGAAGACAAAACCAAAAACAACAAGACAGAACUAAUUGGAGAAUGAAGAUCUUUUCCCCACAUUUCUACCAUAUAAUAAAAUAAUUGUCGAGUGUGAGCCCCGAGUUCGAGAAGCUUAAGUGAUCAGUGCACAUAACUACUUUGUUUCGAACUGUAUGAAUAGGUGUCUAUGCAUUUUUGUGCUAUGUACAAAAUAAACCUCAUUUGUUAGUGCU